GGCAUACAGCUCGUAUCGUUUUUGAACAGACUUUUCAGUCAUUCAAUUUUCCACGAGCUUUUUUCUGCUCUUCUUUCGAAAAUUUUCUUUUAUUUGAACGGUGCUGUAUGUAUGCGCCCAUCAGUAGUCGUCAAUGUGGCACGGACGCGAUCAUUUCGGUUGCAAGCGGUACACGUUAAGCUAAGAAAAGUGUCAACGGCAAGAUGAAGGUGCCUUUUUCGACGGCCACACUGUGGAAGUAUGUAUUUCUGGUUGUAAAUUGUAUGAUAACUGCCUUUGACGUUCUACUCAUCUCAUGCGGUGUUGUGUCUUUGGGCGGUGCUGGCUCCUUGGCCGGUGCCUACACAGCAGCUUCCAUUGGUUUUUUAGCAAUGUUUAUAGCUUUAAUGGGUGCCAUGGCAUCGGUGCGUCAGUCGUUAAUCCUAUCAUGGGCGUAUAUAGUAUCUACAGUGCUGUGCAUUGUUUUGCAAACGGUUGGUAUGAUCGCAUUUGGUAUACUAAAGGAUGAUUUUACUUUAAUGGCGGCAAAGCGGGUACAAGGCAUUUGGAAUGGACGACCGGAAACGCAGCAAGAAAUGGAUGCAAUGCAAGAACAGCACAACUGUUGCGGCCGCGACAGCCCACAGGAUUACUUGCCCGAUAAACAGCAAACCCUGCCGAGUAGUUGUUGUCGCUGGGGAGAUUGCGCGGAGGAUGAUAAUAUACUAGCACGAGGCUGUGUGGAUGCUGUGACGAGUUUCUUCAAUGACCAGAGUGAUAAUCUGGUUUUGAUAAUUGUUGGAUUAAUUGCUUUUCAGGUUUUAGGCGUAGUCUCUGCUUAUUAUUUCACACAAAGCAUGGUGAACCAUAAACAGAAAAGGGAGCAAAUUAUUAUUAAUGAAUAAACAUAUUUAAUGGAAAUUUAGAAAAUCUUAAAAUAAAGUGAAAAGUAA